GUUUAAUUAUAGGUUAUUUUUAAACGUUAUUUUCUUAUUAAUUGUUAUUUAAAUAAUUUAAUUGUUGGUGCAAUUAUAAAGUAUACUUUCUAUUCAACAAAUCUUUUUUACGAGUAUUUGCUAAAUAAUCUACGAAGUUUUCUAUAAUGUCUGGAGAAAUUGUAAAUAAUAUCGAAAUUGAUAAUAUAUCGCUAAAUGUCCAAGACAGUGGAGAUGAUGUGGUUGAUCCAUGGACAGUUGUUAGUACAUCACAAACGGGAGUUGACUAUGAUAAACUUAUUAAAAGAUUCGGUAGUUCUAAAAUAGAUCAGGAACUGUUGGACCGUUUCGAAAAAGUAACAGGGAAAAAAGUCCACCAUUAUCUCAGACGAGGUAUAUUCUUUUCGCAUCGAGACAUGCACACUAUUUUAACGAAUUACGAAUCGGGCAAGCCUUUUUAUCUCUACACCGGAAGAGGCCCAUCAUCGUCCUCUAUGCAUUUAGGACAUCUCAUACCGUUUCAACUUUGCAAAUGGUUGCAGGAAGUUUUCAACGUUCCUUUGGUCAUUCAAUUAACAGACGAUGAGAAAACAUUGUGGAAAGAUAUUUCUAUCGAAGAAGCGCACAAAAUGGCGUAUGAAAACGCCAAAGAUAUCAUCGCCAUUGGAUUCGACGUAGAAAAGACGUUCAUAUUUUCAGAUCUAGAUUACAUCGGGCAAUGUCCGGAAUUUUAUAGAAACAUGAUUCGUAUUCAAAAAUGCGUUACCUUCAAUCAAGUUAAGGGUAUAUUCGGAUUCGACGAUAGCUCUGUAAUAGGAAAAAUCGCAUUCCCCGCCGUUCAAGCCACACCAGCUCUAUCAACGUCGUUUCCUCAUAUUUUCAACAACAAAAAAAUCCCCUGUUUGAUUCCCUGCGCGAUCGACCAGGAUCCUUACUUCAGGAUGACGAGGGACGUGUGCCCUCGGAUGGGCUUCACCAAACCGGCCCUUCUGCAUUCGAAGUUCUUCCCCGCCUUGCAGGGGGCCCAGACCAAAAUGUCCGCGUCCGAAGCGAACAGCACGAUCUUCUGCAGCGAUACGCCCAAACAGCUCAAGAAUAAAAUCAACAAGCACGCGUUCUCCGGCGGUCAGGCUACGGUCGAAGAGCACAGGAAGAUAGGCGGUAAUGCUGAUGUCGAUAUAGCCUAUCAAUACUUGAGAUUCUUCCUCGAAGACGAUGAAAAGUUGGAGCAAAUCAAAAAGGAUUAUACCAGCGGCGCUUUGUUGACCGGAGAACUGAAGAAAAUUUUAAUCGAUCUGUUAACUCCUUUGAUAACGGAACAUCAGAAACGAAGGGCCGAAGUAACCGAUGAGUUAUUGAAGAAAUUCAUGACGCCUAGAUCGCUGAACUUUAGUUAAUGUCGAUUUGCGAGUAUUUUAUUUAUUUUGUAAUUUAUUUUUUACUGUUGCAAACCCAUUGAUUAAAUGUAGAAAGAAG